AUGGGCAACAAGGGCAAGGGCAAGGCCGCCGCGGCGCCGCCUGCACCCGCAGCGGCGGCUAGUGCCAGCACUUCCAAAAAGUCUGCAAAGACGACUGCUGGCGCCCCCAAGAAGCCUGCCGACGACGACUUCAUCGUCUUCACCAACUCGACAAAGGACAAGCCCAAGAACAAGAGAGGCGGCGGCCAGGGCAGUGCGGCAGCCGACCAGGAUGAGCCUGGGGCCCUCGGGCCGCCCAAGCCCACGGUCAAGCAGAUCAUCGGCGGCGCCAGCUGGACCGGCAAGCUCCCGGUGAACCUGCUGUCUGAGCACUGUCAGAAGCAGAAGUGGAAUAGGCCAGACUACCAACCUAUCAGAGGGUCUGAAGGCUUUUCGUACUUUGUCUCGUUCAGCUCCAAGAACCCCAAGACACAGGAGACACAGAAACUGCCACCCUUCAAGAUCCCGCCAGACCACAAGCAUCUCGUGACCAUGCCCACAGAGCUGGAAGGCCGGCAUGCCGCCGCUACCUAUGCGCUCUUCCGCGUCUGCAGCAUGAAGAACAUCCACACCACGCUCCCGCCCGUGUACAAGGCGCUGUGGAAGGAGUUUGAGGCUCUCAAGAAAGAGGACGUCAAGAGAGGACUCGGGUGGAUGUACGACGCCGACCCCUUUGCGACCAUGAAGCAGCGCGAGGAUGAGAAGGCUGCCGCCGAGAAGAAGCGCAAGGAACAGGAGGCCAUCAAGGAGAAGGCCAAGAACAUGCCUGGUGCUGCCGGCCUGGUGCUGCGCAGUAAUGCUGCGGUCGCGGGUGGUGGGGGCGCAAAUCUUAUGAAAGGCUGGACUUCUGUUCCCAAGAUCGAGAUGGGUAGGAAAACUCGAUCGCAGCUGGAAGAUCUGCUUCGCAGGGAAGUCAUCUGGAACCCUCGUGGCGUCAAGAUGUCCAAAGACCAGAAGGACCGCAUUGCUAAGGAGUUGACUGGUUCCGGCUUCCGCCGGAGCCACGUGGAGGAGGCUGUCGACGAGUGCAAAGACCGCGAGGAGACGCUCGAGUGGCUGCUGAUUCACGUUCCCGAGGACGACUUGCCUCGCUGGGCCAUGCCCGAGAACUACAGCGCAGGCGUCUCCGUGGCCAAUACUUCAGAUCUGAAGCGGGAAGCGGCCAUCAAACGUCUUUCCGAGUCGGGCUACUCGGUCGAGCUCUGCCGGAAGACAUAUGAGGAGUGCGACGGGAACGAAGCACGAACGGCAGAAGCCCUACAACACUUCCUCGUGUCGAGUGGAGACGGUGCAGAACCACCCAAGAUCGAUGAAGAUGCCAUUCUCACCUUGGACGAGCCAGAGGACUUAUGGAAGGACGAGAUGUCGAGCUUGAGUUCCGUCUUUGGCGACCACUUUAAGCAGCUUUCAGAGGACUUAUGCCAGAUCCGCGUCGAUUCUGUCAAGAAUGGUGGCAAGACUGUCGAGACUUUUGCACAGUUUCGGCGGUCGUCGCGGUAUCCGUUCGAGAUUGUCGUUACGCUCGUAUCUGAGCUGCCGUCCUAUAUCCGCCUGAGUGUCAUCAAGAAGACACUAAGCUACAUCAGCCAGGACCUGCCGGAGGAGCCUAUGAAGAUCUUCUUUGCAGUCGAUUGGAUCCAGCAAAACAUCAAUGACAUAAUAGAAGCGCCUGGCAAGCUGCGCGACAUUUCGGGCGCAGCAUCCACAGCCUCAGAGCUUCGAGUCAGCCAUGGCCGCAAGCAGACGGCCCGCCAUCCGAAGCCUAUCGCUUGGAUUGAGGAUCAGCGCAGCAAGCAAGAGUGGCAGAAAAGACAGCAGAGCCCCCAGUACAAAGACAUGCUGGCCCAACGAGCAAAGCUCCCUGCCUGGCAGGUCCGCGAUGUUGUCGUCAACACUGUCGCCCAGAACCAGAUCACGAUCAUUGCUGGUGAAACUGGUUCCGGCAAGUCUACACAGUCUGUACAAUUCGUACUUGACGACCUGUACAGCAAAGGAUAUGGCAACGCUGCGAACAUUAUCUGCACACAACCACGAAGAAUCUCAGCUCUGGGUCUCGCCGACCGCGUGAGUGACGAGCGCUGCUCCCAAGUCGGCAAGGAAGUCGGAUACACUAUCCGCGGCGAGAACAAGACCAGUGCCCAGACAAAGAUCACCUUCGUCACGACUGGUGUGCUGCUUCGACGCUUGCAGACGUCUGGAGGGCGCACAGAAGACGUCGUGGCUUCACUGGCGGACGUGAGCCAUGUUGUCAUUGACGAAGUUCACGAGCGGAGUCUCGAUACUGAUUUCCUGCUGAGUAUUAUCCGCGAUGUGCUUAAGCGAAGAAAAGAUCUCAAGCUCAUUCUCAUGAGUGCCACGCUCGACGCAGCCACUUUCAAGAACUAUUUCACGUCAGAAGGUCUGGGUGUCGGCAUGGUAGAGAUUUCUGGACGAACAUACCCAGUCGAGGAUUUCUAUCUGGAUGACAUUAUCCAAAUGACCAACUUCCAGCCACGAAACGACAGAUAUGACAGAUACCGCGACGACGACUUCGUGGAAGAGUCAGCAUCCAAGUCUUCUCAGGAUCCAAUCAACAAAAUCAUCCAGAAACUGGGCUCGAGGAUUAACUACUCUCUCAUAUUGGAGACAGCAAAGGAGAUCGACCAAGAUCUCUACCACUACAGCAAGAAGGGCGGAAUCCUUAUUUUCUUGCCAGGUGUGGCCGAAAUUAAUCGUGCAUGUAAUGAGCUGAGGAACGUCUCUUCGUUCCACGUGCUUCCACUCCACGCAUCACUAGAGACAAGAGAGCAGAGGCGGGUUUUCGUUCCCGCACCCUCGGGGAAGCGCAAGAUUGUCGUUGCCACCAAUGUCGCCGAGACCUCAAUUACAAUCGACGACAUUGUGGCGGUCAUUGACACAGGCAGGGUCAAGGAGACAAGCUUUGAUCCACAGAACAACAUGCGCAAGCUCGAAGAGACCUGGGCAUCGAGGGCGGCCUGCAAACAGCGCCGCGGCCGUGCCGGUCGUGUGCAGGCGGGCAAAUGUUACAAGCUCUACACCCGGAACCUGGAGCAGCAGAUGCCAGAAAGACCUGAUCCCGAAAUCCGCCGAGUGCCUCUUGAGCAGCUCUGUCUUUCCGUUCGCGCCAUGGGCACGGCUGAUGUGGGCGGCUUCCUGCGAAGAACACCCACGCCUCCCGAGACGGCAGCGAUCGAGGGUGCACUCAAGAUGCUGCGAAAGAUGGGUGCUAUGGAUGGCGAGGACCUGACCUCCCUUGGCCAGCAGCUCGCCAUGAUCCCUGCGGACCUGCGCUGUGGCAAACUUAUGGUCUACGGCGCUAUUUUUGGCUGUCUUGAGGAGGCAGUGACAAUUGCCGCCAUGCUCAGCACAAAGAGCCCCUUUGUGAGCCCGGCCGAGAAGAGAGAGGAGGCCAGGCAGGCCAGGGCACGCUACGCCAGAGGCGAUGGCGAUUUGCUCACUGACCUUCGAGCUGUCCAGGAAUGGGACAGCAUGAUGGACCAGCGUAUGCCUCAGAGUCAGGUUCGCAACUACUGCAGCGACAACUUCCUCAACUACCAGGUCCUUUCAGACAUCGCGGCCACAAGAGCACAAUACUACUCUGCUCUAGCCGAGAUCGGCAUCGUUCUUCCUUCGUCUCCUUCUGGUGGGGACGGCCGAGCAGGGGCAGGCAACCACAAGUCCAGAUCAGGCACGAGCACGCCGCAGUCGUCCGGACUAUCAGCGACAACGACGGCCUCGAUGGCCCUCGUCCGCGCGGUCACAGCCGCGGCCUUUACUCCGCAAAUCGCGCGGAUCCAGUUCCCCGACAAGAAGUUUGCCUCGUCCGUGUCCGGUGCCGUUGAGCUCGACCCGGAGGCCAAGACGAUCAAGUACUUCACUCAGGAGAAUGGCCGCGUCUUCAUCCACCCGAGCAGCACACUGUUCGAUAACCAGGGCUUCUCCGGAAACGCGGCUUUUGUAUCGUACUUUACCAUGAUCGCGACCAGCAAGAUCUUUGUGAGAGAUCUUACUCCGUUCAACGCCUUCACUCUGCUCCUCUUCGCCGGCUCAAUCGAGCUGGACACCAUGGGCCGCGGUCUGGUUGUGGACGACUGGCUCCGCCUCCGUGGCUGGGCAAGAAUAGGCGUCCUCGUAUCCCGCCUGCGCGGGAUGGUCGACAACACCAUCGCCAUGAAGGUCGCCAACCCGCAGAUGGACACGCGCGAGAGUGAGGUGAUUCGCCUCGUCACGAAGCUCAUCGAGCUCGACGGGCUGGACGCUUGA